AACAUGGCUACUGUCCCUCUGAAAGAUGAGUUAGACAUAGUGAUACCAACAAUUAGAAACUUGGAUUUUCUUGAGAUGUGGAGGCCAUUUUUUCAGCCAUAUCAUCUUAUUAUUGUACAAGAUGGUGACCCUUCAAAGACCAUUAAGGUCCCUGAUGGCUUUGAUUAUGAGCUCCACAAUCGUAAUGACAUUAACAAAAUUUUGGGACCAAGGGCUUCGUGCAUUUCAUUUAAGGACUCUGCCUGUCGUUGCUUUGGUUACAUGGUCUCCAAGAAGAAAUAUAUUUACACCAUUGAUGAUGAUUGCUUUGUUGCAAAGGACCCAAGUGGGAAAGACAUCAAUGCAUUGGAACAGCACAUAAAGAACCUUCUUUGCCCAGCAACUCCCUAUUUCUUCAACACUCUGUAUGAUCCCUUCAGAGAUGGUGCUGAUUUUGUGCGUGGAUACCCUUUCAGCCUACGUGAGGGUGUGCCAACUGCAGUCUCUCAUGGCCUCUGGCUCAACAUCCCUGAUUAUGAUGCACCUACUCAACUUGUCAAGCCCCUCGAGAGGAAUACUAGGUAUGUUGAUAUGGUGUUGACAAUCCCAAAGGGAACCCUCUUCCCAAUGUGUGGUAUGAAUUUGGCAUUUGACCGUGACCUUAUUGGUCCUGCUAUGUACUUUGGACUCAUGGGAGAUGGUCAGCCUAUUGGACGCUACGACGAUAUGUGGGCUGGUUGGUGCUGCAAGGUUAUAUGUGAUCACCUGGGAUUGGGAAUCAAGACUGGAUUACCCUACAUCUACCACAGCAAGGCUAGCAAUCCAUUUGUCAACUUGAAGAAAGAGUACAAUGGGAUAUUCUGGCAAGAAGAGAUCAUUCCAUUUUUCCAGCAGUUGAACCUGUCCAAAGAGUCUACUACUGUCCAGAAAUGCUAUGUGGAAAUGGCCAAGCAGGUCAAUGAAAAACUUGGAAAAAUAGAUCCUUAUUUUGUGAAGCUUGCAGAUGCAAUGGUCACUUGGAUUGAAGCUUGGGAUGAGCUCAAUCCUGCUUCUAAAGACUCUGCGAAAGCUCCCACUGCUGCAACCAAAUAAAUUAUUUCAUAGUUAUUUGUGACUUUUUAGUCUACUUCCAGUACUUUAUAGCUUUGGGUUUUAUAUAAUUCUGUCAUCUGUUUUCCUUUACAUUUUUUUUUUUUUCAACUUGGAGUUGUAGGGGUAGUCUAAAUUUGGAGUAUCCGCGGAAGAAAAACUCCUUUAAAUUCUUACAAACUGUAAUAAGCCAUAAGGUCUUCACUUUGAUGCGAAGAUCAGACGAAAAUUUUAAUU